GUCAUUUAACAAAAGUUUUUGAAACGUAUUUGACAAAAAAUGGUGUUAUAGAGUUUUCAAAUUUGUAAAAAAUGUGAAUUUUAUAAAAACAAUUUAACAAAUUUAUGUUUUUUUUUUUUUGAAAUGCUUCGAUUUUUAUGAAAAUGGCACAUACUAAUAAAUAUAGACUAUGAUUUCACAGACAGCAACAUUAAUCUCUACCGAUACGUGUUUGUCGUUUCUGGCCUUUCUUGUUAUAAGUAUAAACUCGUAUUGUUUAGUUAUAAUUUUGCUAAGUCAAAAAUUGCACAAAUCGUCAAAUAUUGCAGUGUCAAGCUUAAUUUUUGCUCAUUUAAUUCAAGGACUUUUUGUUAUUCCAUUGUAUAUAUUAAAACGAAGCAAUGUUCAAUCUUCAUUAGUUUGUGAUUUAUACAGAUUUUCUUAUAUGUUAACUAACUAUGCUGCAUGUUUGAGCUUGUUAAUUAUCACAUUAGAUCGUUUCUUGCAUCUAAAAAUGCCUUUUAAAUACCGAGUUUAUUCGACUGUAUACCGAAUGCGUAUCGUUUUACUAUGUAUGUGGAUAUACACGCUCGGUUUAUGCUUGAUACCAUUUGCUAAUAAAACCAGUAACUGUUACUAUAAUCCAACAGAUGUUUGGACAGCCUCUAUGUUGAUUUGCAACACCUGCGUUCCUUUUUUUAUAGCGAUUACUCUUUACAUAAUGAUCUUCAAAAAAGCUUGGAAUAUACAAAAGAGAAAAAGAAUAAACAAAAAUUUAAAGUUUACAUAUCUAAAUAAAUCCAUCAGAGUGUUUUUAAUUAUAUUUUGUUUUUUAAUUUGUUGGGGUCCAAGUUGUGUUUAUUAUUUGUUAAAUUCUUUGUGUUACAGCUUAUGUUUUAACAAAAAAUAUCAUAACACUUCAAUUGAAAAUGGCGUGACAUUGUUUAUGAAAAUAAUGACGUUUUUGGAUGGCAUUGUAGCUCCAUUACUUUACUGUGUAGGAAAUCGUAGUUUUAAAAGCGCUUCACGGAUGACGACAACAAGGUUUAAAAUGACUUUAAAAAACUUCUGGAAAAAACAAUCGAUACAUAACGAGCAUUCUAUUGAUGUUUCAUAACGAUAAUUUUCAACCAUAUUAUUCAAAUACAAUGAUAUUUUAUAAUAGGUUUUCACUUAUGACAUACUUUUUAUUCAUUAGCGUCAUGCUUUUCAACCUGAAACUGUAACUUAUGGUAUAGUAUGUUGAUUAUAAUUUAUAAAAAAGUAAGAAAUAUCUGAAUUUAAUAUAUCAUACAAAAUAUAACAUGUUUUCUACUAUAAAAACUAAUUUUUUUUCUUUCUUUCUAAAAUUUUUAUUUUUAGCUUGGUUAACAACUAAACUAGUUUUUAUUUUAAGCUGGGUUAGCAACUAAACUUUUUUUUGUAAAUAAAUCAAAUAAUUUUAUUUUAUAAUUUUAUGAAAUACUCAAUGAAAUGCAAUCUUGAGACGAUGUUCACCAUUCACAAUAUGGGUGUUAUAGAUUAAUUUGAACUCACUUUUGUUUACGUUUAAAUUGUUGAACAAAUAAUAUACUUAAUAAAGUAAUGAAUUUUCGAAUUAAAAAAAUUAAUUUUAUAUAAGAUUUUAACCUUAAAUUAUAAAAGUAUUAUAAAUUAAGGUUAAAAAUCAUUUUAAAUUCAGCCACAUGGCCAAAUUCAAAAAAAACUUUUUCUAAUCUCUUAUUGUUAAACAAAUAAUACACUUAAUCAAGUAAUGAAACUUCUCAACAAAAGAUGUCUCUCAUGAUAUCUUUUAGACACGUCAAGGCAUUGAAACUUUUAAUUUGUGACAAUAUAGAUUAAAAAUAAUUUAUUAACAAUAUAUGUUCUGUAUAUGUAAUUUAAAUGAUAUUUAGUUUAUGCAAUAUGUUUUAUGCUUUGUUUAUAAAAUAUGACUUAAGUUAAGCGACAUGCCAACUAAUGAUAUCUGGUAACGAGUUAUACUUGGUAACUAAUGAUACCUGCUAACUUUUUUUUUGGUUGUGUAUCUCUCAGUAUAUUUUUUUGCACAGGAAAAUGGGAAGUAUGUGUACAAAAGUUUGUAAAAGUCAUUGAAUGAAUUUUGAAAGAAAAACCUUUUUUACUGUUUGUCUA